AUGAACAAAUCGGCGUGUGACUACAUACAACUGCGCGACGUACAGCUCCCAGUCCCUAUAUAUCUACGAACGGACGCCUGGAAACGAACCAACAGGCCGCAACCAGCUACGUUCUCAGUGCGCAUAUCCUACCCCGCCACCCUCAUUGCCCUGGCCGCAGAAAACGACACGGUUGGUCACACCCUCAACUACGGCACUUUAUACAGAUCCAUUGAAUCCGCCAUAAUAUCCAGCAACAAAGAGGCCGUGGCAGAUGAAAAUGCAGAGGAUCCAACCAAGCGGCCGUCAUAUAGCAAGGACAUCGUGGACAUUGCCCGAACGAUAAGCGAUGCCGCGUAUAAGGUACUAUGGUCAGAAAUCGGGCCUAUAGAACGAGACAAAGACGACCCUAUUUUCAAAGACAGCUGGUUCACGGGGAAGAAAGAAGAGAUAACGGUAGAUCUUCAUCUUCCCAAGGCUAUAUUACGGGCUGAACGCGGAUUAUAUUGUUCACUUAUCACGCGCGAGAGACGGUUCAGGGAGCAUGUAUCUAUGGACUACGACCUGACUGUUCGGAUAGAAGGGAUACGGUGUGCCUGUUUUGUCGGGGUAAAUCCUCAUGAGAGGAAGGAUAAACAGAUCGUGGAGCUUGCAUUGACGUUCCGGGAUAGUAAGGAGGGCUAUCUCGGUCGGAUGAUUCCGAAACAGUACCAGACGAUGGUGUCGACAGUGGCAGAGAGCGUUGACAAAACCUCAUAUAAAACUGUGGAAGCCCUGGCUACGCAUGCUGCGAGGAUAGUGCUGGUCCAAUUCGAACUGGACGAGGUGACAGUCAGAGUCGAGAAGCCUAGCGCCAUGGCCUUUGUAGCGUUUUCUGGUCUCGAGAUCACCCGCACAGCCAGCUUCUUCGGUGUCACUCAUCCGCCUGCAUAG